AUGUCCUACCCUCGCAAGCGGCAGCGAAGUGAAUCGCCUGACGCGCAAUGCUCUACCCCGGUGCAUGGAAGCGGAGAAGCCGUUCUCGAUCCCUUGUUUCACAGCCACAGGAGCAAAGAGCUCGUGUCCCUGUGGGAGAGUCGUGAGCUGUGCGAUGUGGAUGUUGUGGUGGAAGGAACAAGAUUCCAGGCGCACCGCGUUGUGCUGGCUGCCGGCAGUCCGCACUUCCGCGCGAUGUUUACCAAGAAUUUCAGUGAGAGCAAAGCGAGAGAAGUCGAACUCCACGAGAUCACAGCCGAAGGGUUUCAGGGAGUCCUUAGCUUCCUCUACUCAGGGGAAGUUUCUUUGCGGGACUCCACAGCCGAGCUGGUUCUGCUCGCAGCGGACAGAUGCGAAGUGCUCGGGCUAGUGAACCUAUGCUGUUCUUUCCUGCUGGAUAGAAUCACGUGGCGCAAUUGUUUGCACUAUUGGUCGUUAGCAGAACAAGUCGUGUGUUUGAAACUGAAACGGAAGGCAAGGUUGGUUGCGCUGAAGCAUUUCGAGGUCGUCUUGACCCUCUUCCUCCAGGAGCUCUACCACACUGGACUUCUGCUGGACCUCGACGCCGCGAAGAUGUCUAGGAUCAUCAAGAGCAAGAAACUACGUGCCUCAAACGAGCAGGUGGUUUUGGAAGGCUUGGUCACAUGGUUGCAGCACGACUUUGAGUCCAGAAGGCAUGUGGCGGAGAGCAUGUUGAGGUGCGAGGAGAAGAAGCACGAGGAGGAGGAGAAAAAGCUUGUUCGACUGCCGAGACUAGCUGAAAACACUCUACGACAACUUUUGAACACUACGUUCUUAAGAGACUGUUCGACUCUAGACGUGUUGAUUGCGGACGUACAGAAAUACCAGACGAUGACAGAGGAGGACCAGCGAAAUUACUCGGAGGUUUGGGCCAGGAAGCGAUGGAACGAGUGCGGAUGGUUGUAUGCUGUAGGAGGUUCAGACGGGCUGUAUCAUCUCGAUAGCGUCGAGCGCUACGAGGCUGUGGAGGAUGUGUGGUACCCGGUGGCCCCGAUGCGCACGGCAAGGAGGAACUGCGGGGUUGGAGUUCUCAACGGCCACUUGUAUGCGGUGGGCGGAAGAAAUGAGAACAAGCAAGUUAUGGAUAACAUCGAGAGAUAUGACUCCAAGGAGGACCGGUGGGAGCGAGUCGAGCACCCGAUGCAGACUGCGAGGUCCCUAGAGAUCCUUCGAGUCCCUUCAAGUCGGGGGGGUGACAAGAGAAACUCGAGCUUGCAAACGGCCGAGUGUUACGAUGCAGAGAGCGGGAAAUGGUCGCCAGUCGCCUCUAUGAGCGAGAGAAGGUAUGGAUGUGGUGCUGGGGUGCUGGAUGGGAAGCUCUACGUUGUCGGGGGAACAGUCGAGAAGAACGGAGACUACUUGGAGACAGUAGAGAGAUACGACAGCGAGACGGACAAGUGGGAGAGUGUGGCUCCUAUGAGCACGUCUCGCUACUGCUGCGGGGUUGCUGUGAUGAAGGGGAAGCUGUACGCGGUGGGAGGAGUCGACAAGAGAUACAACAAACUCUCCAGUGUCGAGAGUUUCGACCCAACGACUGGAGCUUGGUCGCCGGAGCCACCGAUGUUAACAGCUCGAUACAACUGCGGGGUGGAGGAGGCGGCAGGCAACCUCUAUGUGGUGGGAGGAAGAGACGAGAAGAAUCGAGCUCUGUGCACUGUAGAAUGUUUCGACGGGCAGACGCAUCAGUGGAGGACAGUCUCUCAGAUGAGUACGGUGAGGUCGUCCGGCGCUGUUGCCGUGCUGCCGCCGAUGAGAUGA